AUGGGGCGAGGACGUCCGAAAAAGACGGUGUCACCGUUACCGGAUCUCACAAACGCUUCAUCUUCGAUUCCCACCUUGCAACCUAGUAACCUGCAAUCUUCUGUGAGUGCCUCUAGCUCCCGUAAGGUUGACGACGAUGCUGUUAAUGAAACUAUGGAGGAAGCAAAAUCGAAAGAAUCCCCUGAAACCCUAGUUCCGAAUCGCAAGCUAUGGGUUGAUAUCCUUAAGGAUAACCGAAAUCCUGCGAAAGGAAGGAGUAUGAAAUACAUUGCCCCAAAAAGCAUUGAAGGUGGAUGCGAAGUUGCGAUUGAAGAGGCUGAUAUAGUUGAUGAAAUCCAAUUCGGGCGACCAUCUCUUGUACUCUAUGCUUUGGGAUGUGAGUUGAGUAUGCACGCCGUCAAAAACUUCAUGAGUAAGAACUGGUAUUUUGUUCAAUUACCAGACAUGUAUUAUCACGAAGAGGGGUAUUUUAUUCUCAGAUUCAAUUCUUUCAAAGAUAGGGAUGAUGUGUUGAUGAAAGGACCUUACUCUAUCAGAAAUAUGCCGCUACUCAUUCGUGAAUGGAGGCCAGAAUUCAAUCUACAAACUGAUUUGCUUCGAACUCUUCCCAUCUGGGUUAAAUUGCCUAAUCUUCCUCUGUACCUGUGGGGCGAAACAAGUCUCAACAAAAUAGGAAGUGCUCUUGGUGUUCCUAUAGUUACCGAUGAAUGCACGGCAAAUAGAUUGCGGAUCUCCUAUGCCAGGAUUAUGGUUGAAAUGGACAUUACAAAAGAUCUUCCAAGUGAGAUUAUUAUUAGGGAUAAUCAUGGUGAGAAGAUGCGACAAGCUAUAGAAUACGAAUGGCGUCCUGUUUUCUGUGGUAGUUGUCAAAAAUUUGGUCAUAAUUGCGACAAGCCUAAGCCCAAAGCGAGAAUUUGGCAACCAAAAGCUCCUGUUGAGAUCAAGAAUUCAGCACUCCCAACUGAAGAGGAACCACCAGUAACAAAGACUCAGCCCACAAUUUCCCCAUUACCUGUCAUCCAAUCACCUACUGAUGCUACAAUUACAGAUCCAGUUCAGAGAACCCCUGAUGCUAAGCAAUGGACUUCAGUUAGAAAAUCUGGCAAGGAGCGUGGCAAGCGAGUCAUGAUAGAGGAAACUGAUGCUUUUGUUCUGAGUACAAACGACUUUGAUGCUCUAGGGAUUUUGAGUGAUCUUCUAGUGCUAUAA